AUGACAGCGUUACCUCGUAGAAUAAUCAAGGAAACACAGCGCUUGAUGCAAGAACCAGUCCCUGGGAUCAGUGCCGUGCCGGAUGAGAGUAACGCCCGAUAUUUCCAUGUUAUUGUCACCGGCCCAGAAGAUUCACCCUUUGAAGGAGGAUUAUUCAAGCUGGAACUAUUUCUGCCAGAAGAUUAUCCUAUGUCAGCACCCAAAGUUCGUUUCAUCACUAAAAUCUAUCAUCCUAAUAUUGACAGACUUGGACGUAUUUGUUUGGACAUUUUAAAGGAUAAGUGGAGCCCAGCUCUACAAAUUCGAACGGUCCUCCUUUCAAUCCAGGCCCUUCUCAGUGCACCAAACCCAGACGAUCCAUUGGCAAAUGAUGUGGCAGAACUCUGGAAAGUAAAUGAAGCCGAGGCCAUCCGUAACGCGAAAGAGUGGACCCGAAGAUAUGCUAUGGACAAUUGA